AAGAAGCAAUAAAAAUUGAGAGAGAGAGAGACUUUAACACAUUGCUUUGUGCUUUCGUCGUCUUCUUUUUCUUCUUCUUCUUCUACUCUUGAUUCCAGUAACCUUCGUUUCCUUCUGGAAACAUCUUUCUUAUUCGUUUUGUUGUUGAAGUCUUCCUUAAUCUCUCUCUCUCUCUCUCUCUCUGCCUCUCUUAGCCUCCGAUCGGUCCAAUUCGCUUCCAUGGCUACGAUCGGACACAACAAUCUCAACGCCAAAUUGGUUUGUGUUUUUUCUCGAUUCCUCUUUUCAUUUCCUCGAUUACAAUUCCCCUCAUAUAGUAACCAAAUCUUACUUUCUUUCUUUUUUUUUUUUCAGGUUCUGCUGGGGGAUAUGGGUGCAGGAAAAUCCAGCCUCGUUUUGCGCUUUGUUAAGGGUCAAUUCCUUGAAUUUCAGGAAUCAACAAUUGGGGCAGCAUUCUUUUCGCAGACAUUGGCUGUAAAUGAUGCCACAGUGAAAUUUGAGAUCUGGGACACAGCCGGACAAGAAAGAUACCAUAGUUUGGCUCCCAUGUACUACAGAGGCGCUGCUGCGGCUAUCAUUGUCUAUGAUAUUUCUAGCACAGAUUCAUUUACACGAGCUAAGAAGUGGGUCCAAGAGCUUCAAAAACAAGGUAACCCUAACAUGGUCAUGGCACUUGCUGGUAACAAAGCUGACUUGGAAGAUAAGCGCAAAGUGGCAGCUGAAGAAGCACGUGCAUAUGCUGAGGAAAAUGGUCUGUUUUUCAUGGAGACAUCUGCCAAAACUGCAGCCAAUGUUAAUGAAAUAUUCUAUGAAAUAGCCAAGAGGUUACCAAGGGCUCAACCAGUGCAAAACCCGGCGGGGAUGGUUCUAGUUGAUAGACCCGCAGAAGGAUCCAGAGCUGCAUCAUGUUGUUCAUAAAUAUAUUUUUCUUUUAUUCUAUAGGUUGUAGCACUAAACAAAAUUUCAUGGUCCUGCUUUGGUGAAGCUUCAACGAGUUUGAUGGGCUUCCUAGAUGAAUGGAUACAAAUUAAUAUGAAAUAAACUUGUUGGAGCUAAAUGUGUCCCCCUUGAGUUGAAUGUAUAUUUUCGUUAACUUCUUGAGUAGAGUUAAAUGCAUUUAUGUAUUUAAAAAGGUUAGCGACUCUGAUCCUUCCAUUCUCCCCACCCUCUUUUCUUUUAUUGUUCCUUGUCGAUAAACUUGUUUCACAUAAUGUUAUUCGUUAUGAUAUUAUUGGUAUUA